UAGACAUGAGAAACAAACAUUUUGCUGAUGAUGUUCAUGUGUAUGAAAAAAAAAGAAACGCUGCCUUUUGUGUCAAAUAUAAAAAAAUGAAAUGAUUUCAUCGAUUUUUGAAACCUGUAAUUAAUUAGAAUUUUCUUUAUUUACGUCUCACCGAUGCUCUUGUCAUUUGAUAGCAGCACAGGUGUUGGGUGUAUCGACUCGAUAUACUUUUUUUCUGCCGCCAUGUGUUACCUCACCUUGACAGGAGUCAAAUGUGAACCGUCUCAUUUGUUUUUACAACACGACCGUUCUCACAAACAAACACGACAACAAUGUGCAGCUAAAUGCAAGUGCAAAUCCGAAUCCAAUGACGUAGUUGUGGUCAUGCAAGGCUGUCAUUAACGCGAGGUCGGAUGCAGAACUUUGUCUGCACAUACCGUGCCAGGCGUGGCAUCAAAGGCAACACGACAGGCACAGGUAGCGUGUUUGUUUUAUCUCCUGACAAGAGCAUCAGCCAACAGGAAAUGAACCUCAACAUUUCACUAUAAUAGGAACAACUGCCAGUGUAGAACGUAUCAGAGUUUGAUUUAUUUUAUCAUGUGCACAGAUAAAAGAAGGCCAUGGCACAGAUCACAGGCAGAUGUGUAGAUCAAAGGCGUGUGAGUGCUGAGCAGUGACACCAAAGCCAGCAGCUGUAAUGCAACGUUAUCAAUGCAGAUCUAUUCCCUGCCGUUGGGAAGGUGACAGUGACCUGCUCUCGUCCCACAGAGAUGUUGGUUCUGGUGCUGGUGGCGUCGCUCCUGCUCUUCAGCGUUUUUGACGUAUGGUACUUCCUCCGCGCGGCCCUGGCUGUGGUGCAUGCAUGGUUCCAGCCCAGAAUAUGGGACAUUUUAGCCGUGCAAAGCUUCGACGGCAUCGUCCUGCCUCACGACCUGGACAAAUUGUAUCACAUGAACAACUCUCGGUACCUGAGGGAGUGCGACUUUGCGCGCUUACACGCUUAUACGCGCAGUCGGCUGUUGAUAGCCCUCUUCAAAUCUGGCGGCGGAAUGGUCAUAGGGGCUUCCACCAUCAGGUACCGACGCUCCUUGGAAAUUUGGGAAUCAUUUCAAAUCCAGACUAAAAUAAGGGGAUGGGACGACAAGGCUUUUUACUUGGAGCAGCGCUUUGUGUCCAAACGAGACGGUUUUGUGUCUGCAGUCAUGUUCUCCAAGCAGAACGUGAUGAACUCCAGUCCAGAGAUACUCAUCAGCCUUGCUUCCAAGAUGAAGGAUCGAGAGGGGGAUCGAGGGGGUCUGGAGCCAAUCCCAGCUGAUAUCAGGGGAACGGCAGGAAGAAUCAGUCAGUCACUCCGUCAUUCUGUUCUUGAUGAUAGCAGCAGUAAACAGCCAUCACACCUCUGUGUGAACAGGGAGAGCUGAUGUCAGCACAACUGAAAGUCUCCCUCCAUCAUGCAGCUGUGAAGCCCCAGCAGCAUCCAUCACAUCUGCUGCCGCCUGGAUGGAGAUGGAGAUCAGCCCGUUCGUGGGCAGGCGCGGCGAGCUGGUCCAGGGAAAUGUGCGACGUCUUCUUGUUCGAACAUGACUUGUGAGCCAAGUCUGGCCUUGAUUGUCACUAAUGUUCUAUGGACGAAACCGUUUUCUUAUGUUAAUUUGAUACACUGCAGCACAAUGCAGUAUGUAUUAACCUUGUCGAAUUAUUACCCUUGGCUAAUGCUUUCCUUAGACGUCUCUUUGUUCUCAUUUGAAGCAUUCAGCCCUUUGAAAGAAGAAUAAAAUCAUAGACGGAGCCAAGUAAAGUCCAUGCCCCCUCCCCCCUCAACUCCCAAUAAUCCAUCCAUCUUGUUGGCAGCCAUCUGGCUAUAUUAUUUUGGAAAAGCCAAGGCUUGAGCCUUGCUAUAAAAACCAGGAACUUCUGACUAGGAGCCAGUCUUUGAGAUGGAGAGUGUCAAAGAAGGAGGCGUCCAGCUGCAGGCCCUCCGAUGCCUAUUAUCAACCGUGUCACGUUAAGCCAGCUUUCAUUAGAAAACUUGAUAGAUGACGCGGAACACGCGAUAUUAUAAUCGGAAUAAAAACCAAAAUCUCAAAGCCAACCGUAGAUCUGGAGAUGUUUGUUCUACAAGAACACAACAGUUCUCUGAUGUGAGAAAACCUCGAGAAAACCUCGAGUCCUCGUACAUGAGUAUUGAUGAUGUGAAUGACACUAUCAACGUCAAUGUAUUUGUUAUAACAAGGUAGAUCAAGAACGUCAAUAUCGGACGCAGCGUCAGGACGAGGACAUAGGUCAUCGGGGAAAGCUAUUUCCAGAAGAGAAACAAAAAAUUGAUCAUGGACUCGCUGCGGCGGCGUUGUGACAUUGACCGCGCAGACGGUCUCCAUCUAAGAAAUAAAAAUGACUGACUGCCAGAGCCGGUGAUGUCACUGCUCACAUUUGUUCCCAUCAGCGGGGAUAGCAGCUCUGACCAGAGGGCUGUGAUGUCCUUGAGACACACGCUGAUGGGUCAUACACACACACACACACACACACACACACACAUUGUUGAUGAUACCCUGUCCAGGCUCUCUGCAUCAGUGUCAGGAGCCCCUGCAGGCAGGAAGCUAAAAGCCCCCCCGCCCCAG